AUGGCCGUGGGUUGCUUCAAUCAACCGUCGAUGCUUCCUGGAGAGGACAAGAUCUCUCUUUGGAGUACUGGCAGUUCACCCUCAUCACCGAAUAGCUCAAGUUUAUUCCAUUCCUGCUGGUCACCCAUUCCCAAUGCACCCGAAUCUUUGCCGUCACCCUGGCAUUCUGUUUACAAUUGGAUCAGUGGCACAGGACAGGAUGGUGCCAGCAGUGAUCGUACAGAGAGUUUGCAUUCAGAAUCGUAUCUCCAGACUUCCCCAAUGCAGUCACAAAAAUCAUCCACACGCUUCUAUUAUGGAAAUAUCUGGAGGAAAUCGACGGAAGAACCAAGUCGGACGACCGAAACAAUUCCCACAUUUUCGUGUCGUCCUCAGCCAACUUCAUCAUCAUCAUUUCUGUUAGAACAGAGCGUACCUCAAACAGUAUCAUGUACUCCACCACCACCUCAACCGUAUCCUACCGGUGGUAUGGUACCUUCAUCAGCACAAACUGCUGCUUUUUUUAGUGGUGAGAAGGAAUACGAUCUUGUUCAGGCGCUCUUGAAACUGAAUAUAGAGAGUUGUAUUGGGUCAAGAUCCGGAAUCGGAACAUUAAAUCAGAAUCCACCAAAUAUUACAGCAUUACAUACAAGGUCACAAAAUGUAAAACCGGAAAAGGAAUCACUUCCAGUGAGAGCUCCUGCAAAGUUCCCCGCUAUAUGUGAUAUAGGAACCAAUCAGCGUGCACAAAAUACACUACCACUCGAACUGCAGUCAAGCCAGUUACAUUCCCUUCACCAGCAGCAAUUGGAUCUAUUAAAUUGUUGGUCAUCGACGACACCCAUCCAGAAAGUGUCUGCCGUAAUGCCUCGUCCCGUAGUAGGCCAGAAUGCAGUAAUGAAAACGGGAUCAUCGGUAAUAGAUGAUGGAGAGCUGAGUCCUGUUGUGGUGGAACUGUUACGACAACAGGUACUGUACGAACAGUUAUGUGGUGUUUACUUAUGCGGACAAUUACCGCUGCCACCAGUAUUUAAGUUCUACACUCCACCGCUGAGGCCAUACCAUUGCGGUUCAACAUCUGCACUGGAGUUGCAUCUUCGUUUGGAGGAGUGUACGGAACAGUAUCGUCAGCUGGAAAAAGAACGUAAGAAGACAGAAGCGGAGUUGGCCCGACAUAACCUGGGUAAAAGGAUAUCCUCAACCAACAACAUGCCCAUUCCUCGUCUCGUCCAGGUGCCCUCCAGAAUCGAUCGUCUCAUUGUCGAUUUCUUCAGAGAACAUGCCCGCGUUGUAACGUUAUUGACAAAAAUGGAACAGCUUCGGGAAGCGCCACUACCACAUGCAGUUCACCUUGUAUUACGCGAACUACACGAUGCGAUUAAAGUUCUGCAGCAAUGUCGAAUUAAUGAAAGGCAGACCAUAUUGCAGCAUCUUCGGGGUGAAAUGAUUCGAUUUAAUGAAGAUCUGGAGACGAGUACGUUGACGGCAGCCCUGACAAACAUAUGCAGAGCAGUGGUGAGGGCUCGAGCAGCAAACUGGUGUUCUUUGAUGUGGACUAUUGGUGUGGAUGCUGACAGUGAGCAGCAUAUCGGUCGGAUCCUCAGUGCUGAUUUCCAGAUAGCUCCUCCGGAAAUCAAGCAUCGUCCUGUUUAG